AUGAGUGAUAACCCGCCGAACUCGUCGGGGGCGGGUGAACUCGCGCAUCCCCAUGAGAAACCAAGCAAGCCUUUCGCUGACAACGCUUCGCAAGGUGAAUGGUCCUUAGAAGAAGCUGCAGAAAAGAUCUUACUUCCAAGCAAGGGGGGUAGUAGCUCCUCGAUCACUAAAGGCCCUAAUGAAAAACCCUCGCCUGUUGUUCCCCCACUGGAUGGGUCAACUGCCUUGCAGUUGGAGGGGCCGGGCAGAACAGAAACAGUUGAGCUUCGUGAGGUGGAGGAAUUAGAAAUGCCCCAGUACCGCUUGGAUGACCUAUUUGAGUGGGAACAGAUAAAUUGUGAGACUCCAUAUUAUCUUCAAGGAGAUGCGUCAUUCGAAACGCCUGAGAAGCAGGCGGAGCGCCAAGCACUCAAGACACACAAAGAUGUGGUAGCGGCCUUGGAAGACACAUGGGCAUACUUUGCAAAAGAUGACCAAAAUCGCAUUUCCAAGGAAGAGUAUGCUCGGGUUUUGCUUCGCAUUUGCCUCGUGCUCGUACCUCAACUGCGAGGCCGCGAAGUAGUGGACCUGAUAGAAGAAGAGUGGCGACAUGACUCUAGGGGUGAAGAAGGCCUUAGCCGUUCCGCAUUUUUUGAGUCGUUUUUUCAACUGGCAGACAUAUGGACCCCGGGAAUAGACGGUCCUGCCUACGCAGAAUUCCUCAAGCGCCUCUUCCGUAGAAUUACUGUUAAAAGGGUCCGCACGAAGAUGGGGGCGAGAAUGACAAAAAUAAAGCCCAAGAUCGUCGUGAAAGUCCUUAACAAAGACCUGAAGAAGCCCGAGAAUGAGCAACAAGACCGAACGGACGCGCAGCAAGUGGAUCUGAUUGUGAAUUCGGAUGGUGACGCUGGAUGCGUAGCUGAGUGGAGCAGAGCCGAGCACGAAGCAGUAGGAGCACUGCUGGUUGCGCAUAUGAGCGGCGAGAAAAAGCCUCUUGAAAGCCUUGAACUUCAUGAAGAGGUGCUCCACGACUUUAUAUCGACAUCACAGGAUGAACCGGUGUCAACUGAAUGGGCGGACUACUCAAACAUAGCUCCACUGGGAGCUGCCUCACGUGCAUUUCUGGAGAGUGUUUUCUCAAAAUCUGUCUCAGCAAUCCUACAGCAGAGGCGAAGUCAAGACGUUCAAGACAUCCCCCCGAAAUGCACAGAACCAGAACUUUCCACUGUUCAAGAAAGGGAAACGCUGCUAUGCACUGAGCAAGCCAGUGCAGAUCCAGCAGCACCGAAGCCGACGACUGCAGCUGCUCGCCGACACUUCGCAGACUACCAGAGCAAAAGCGACUUACCCCUUCGAAUAUCCGGCGUCUCAGACGAUGAUCUUAGGCCAUUCAAGUCCAUGGGUCUUCCAGUGCAAGUGGAGGGCAUGCCGAAAUUGGUUCGCCUCAAGGGAGCACCGCCUUUGCUCCUGAAUAAACAAGUGGAUGAACACGAAGCGACUGCACGGGAGAAAGUGAAAGAGAGUGAAUCUGAAGUGGUGCAAGAACCGGAAAUACACAAAGGCAUCUGCCAGUUGGAUGACACUCAAGUAGCGCUGCUCCAAGAUCUGACAUCAGUCGAGGGGAAUGAUCUGAGCCUGGAGGAACUUAAGAAUGCCCUAUCAUCAAGCAAAUGUGAACAACCACCUGUCGCUACGUCUCCAGGUGGGCCUGAAACGGAACAUGCGUCACCAUCUGGCCUACAGCAGGUAGGUGAGGCCGAAAUACAGUCGAAGCCUGAGCCUGAGCUAGAGGCCGAGUUAGAUCAGCAUUCGGAGCAGCAUGGGAAGUUAAAGCAAGACCCUGAGAUGGAACCAAAACCAGAGCCAGAACCGAGUCCAGAGCGGGAGCUGGAGCCAGAGCUGGAGCAAGAUCCACAGCCAGAACCGGGUCCAGAGCCGGAGCUGGAGCCCGAGCCGGAGGUGGAGCCCGAGCCGGAGGUGGAGCCCGAGCUGCAGCUGGAGCCCGAGCCGGAGCUGGACCCCGAGCCGGAUCUGGAACCCGAGCCGGAAAAACUAAUUCAAGGUGGAGACCAACAAGAAGAGAUAAUCGAGAUCAACGUAGAGGAAGAAGAACCAACACCAGUUGCAGAAUCCCAGGAGGCACAAUCGACGGAUGAAGUUGGUGACGGCAGUUCGGUUAUGCAUACCAGAGGUACCGGAGGACCUACGCAAAGGUUAACGCGCCACUCAGGGAACUUCAAGAAACAGGUCUUCUACAGUCUGUGUGAAGAGACGCUGAAGUGGCAACGAGCUCGGACAUUCCGGCAAUCAAUUAUGAUAGACGGAGUGGGCUCUGUUAUUGUUAGGCGUCGCUCCGACUAUAAAAAUUCAACCUUCCUGCGAAUUGGGGCGCACAAAACGGAGACUGUCUCGGAAGACGCGCGCUUUACUAUGGAAAUCAGUCCGGAAACGGACCCAAUCUUGAACGAGGGGCAAGUGGAUGAAGAACCCUGGCACAAAGCAUAUCUGCAAACUGAGGAACCACCGCAGGAAAACACUAUUAUGCUGACGGAAGAUGACGAAGUGGCUUUUGCUCAGGAACCUCGGCAGGCAAUCCUGAUCGUAGGGCCCAAUGGCCCCGAAGAGCCGCGUGGCUUACAGACUAGCAACAAAUUUGGGACUGGAAUGGCUGCAAGCCGAGUACCUGCUGACGGCUCUUUGCAAAAUAAGUCCCUCCCUAUUGACCCCUUUGGGGAGGCGAUCUACCAACGUGGAGUAUCUGUAGAUGAGUGGAAUGUUUCUGCAAACAGAUUGGUACGAAUGAUGAGCCGAGGGUCACGCGUGCCAGUACUGGAAGCGCUGUUGCUCACACUCGAGUUCAUGGCAAGCAAGCGCUCACGCACAGCUGGGUAUGUGCUCGAGUUACCUAAUGGGGACAAAAAGGAAAUCAAUGCCUUUUUGAGGCACCUGCGUGACUUAAGUGGGCGUCGACGGCUCAACUGGCCAGACCUGCUCCUGCGACACUCGCGAAUUUGCGAGCAGCGGCGCCAUCGCCGUAGAGAAGAAAGGCGGCGGGCAAUUUUGGAGAAGAAGAAAGCCCGCCAGAAAGAUGAGAAAACGAAUCUCAAAGAAGGCUUUUUUCCAGCUGCAGAAAUGGGAAGCCUAGAGAGCCAGAGUAGUAAUGAACUGAGGCAACUUGUCGGUGAAGAAGUGGGAGGGGUUAUUGCAGUAACUGGGGGCCCGUCGGUCUCUGAACCAGAGCAGAUUGCUGCCCUCGCCGGGUUGGCGUCCUCGAAAAGGGAUCGGACUCCUCUAUCGGACUCUUCGAAGGGUGGCCACCUGCUUGGAGACGAGAAUGCAGGCAGCCAGUCUGAAGAGCCAACCCCUCAUGUUGCUUCGGUAGAUGCAGGCAGCUCGGGGACGGAGGCAGACGGAACUGAGGAAGAGGACAAGCCGGUUUCCGGAUCUCUGGAGCCUCAACAGCCUCUCGAGCUUGGAAGUACGAAGAAGGGGGCGACGCCAGUUGCAGCUGCAGGGAACGACGAACCCAGAAGCCGGCAAGGUGAGGUAGGAGGCGUCGAAACAGCUGAUGAAUGUGGGCCUGCGGUGAAGUACCAGCCAGAAGGAACACAGCCUGCACAGUCUUCUCAACAAGAUACAAAUAUGCAGGCAACAUCUGAGAAGUCCAUCAUGGACGCACAAGAGACUGUGCCAGUAGGAGAUGUAAGGGACGGUGUAGACGCUGCACGAGGAGGGAAAACGGCUGACCAAGAAGGCGCCUCCCCGGCCCUUCACACCGAAGGCGGCAACAGAGUGAAUAUUAAUUCUGAGCAGAUGCCUCCAAACUCAGAUGCACAACUUCCAGAAGGAAGGCUCACUUUGAAAGAUCGCACUGAUUCAGAUGCUUCUGCAGUUCUUCAGCCACCUGCUGGUAGCGGUGAUGAAGUUCCGAACAGAGAUCAAGAGGGUAUAAGCAGAUACAAUCUGGGUAGUAGCAGCGCUGCAGCUGAUGCAAGCGAGAAGGUGCCGGACACGAGAGAACCUGAACAGGGGCCAUUCCUGGCAGAGGAUGGCGGUUCUGAACUUAGCUCUUCUGAUGGCUCUAACUCGGAUUCUGAGGCUGACGAAUUGUUUCGUAUCGCAGCUGCAGAUGCUUCGCAGCCUCAGCCCAACCCCUUGAUGGACGCAUUUCCUAGCCGUGCAGUAUUCCUUAUGAUAGACCCAAAAGAAGGCGGCCGCACUCUCAUGGUGGACACAACCAGCGGAGCAGUGAUCGACGAAUUCCGCACAGACGCGGGGAAUCAAGACGGAGAAGAAGGACUAGAGCUGUCAGUUAAUGCUGAUGCUGACCUACUGGAGGAGUUAAAAAAGGCACUGCCUCCUAAGUUUAGUGGCGCGUCUACUUUCGAGGAGGAAUUGGCGCGCCUUGGCGAAUAUCGCUCCCAGGGACUGUUGUCUCAGCGGCUUCUUCUGCAGCACUUGCUUCAGACUUUGGGCCCCAACAAGGUGGUGUUCUUCGCAACGGGAGAGGAUCAUGAUCAACAAGACGGUUCCACCCUGGAGGCCGAAGUAGUGAUGGCUGGACCCCGUCUCGCAGCCGCUUUAGAGUUCCUCGCCGUGAGGCCUGUCGGUGAGGUUGCAGCCCCUGUACGCGGGGCAUCAGAAGUUCAGGAUUUUAGCGACUUGCUGCUUCGAGACGAUGCCAUUCAAGAACAAGGGGGCGAUGCAGGAGGCAAACCGCAAGAGCCGGCAGACGAUCAGGAGGAAGAUGGUGUGCCACGAGGCACUGACAUAACAGAAAACCAGGAAGCGGACAAUUCUGAGCAAGAUGACUCGACCGCCGAGAGAGCGAUAAGCGACGUGGAAGAGUCCACACAGCUCACCCUCCCUCCCAAGAAAUACCUAAUGGCUGAUGAUCUUUGGGGAGAGUCGCAACUGGAGCAUUUCUACUCAGAAGCCAUGGCAACGCCGAUUGCAGAGGAUGCCAGUGCGCCCUCUGCAGGCGACGCUGCAGCUGCUGACCACUUCAAGGACGGGUCUGAUACGAAUGAGGGAAGGGAAGAAUCAAUCAAUUCAGUCACUGCGGGUGGACUGAAUUAUUUACUUCAACGACGCUGGACUGCAUGGGGGCCUUAUUGCCCGGUUACGUUGCAGGAGAACGGGAAAGUUGUGGAGGGGAAAAAGCAGUUCGCAGUAGAGUUUGCUGGAAAGCUUUUUCUCUUGGCAGACGAAGAAAAACGUGCGAAAUUUCUUAAAGACCCAAGGAAAUAUAUCGAAAGUCCUCCCACACUGCCUCGCAACACCAACGUGUACCUGUUUGGCCCUAGUUAUGCGGGAGUGGCCAAGCAGGCCAAACUCCUUAGUCGAACCUACGGAUUGGUAACCGUGAAUGUGGAGAAGGAGAUCGCCGAUGGCCACCGGCGAAAUAUAGAAGAACAGCAGCGGCUACUGGAGGAAGAAGAGCGUAUCAAAGAAGAACGCCUCCUGCAGGAGCGAUUGCAGAAAGAGCGACAACGGGAAGAAGAGGAGCAACGGCUCAUGCGUGCAGAGGACAACCCGGAAAGGCUAGCCCUUGCCUUCCCGGAGACUCCAGAAGGCAUGUCUGAAAAACUCACAGAUGAAGAUGCCCCAGCGACGUCAAGCGCCCAGGAGUCUCCGCGCGAACUUCAGAUAUCUGUUCCUUUGGGCGGUUUUGGGCCCAGCUCGGGCGAAAACAACCUGUCCAGACCCGCGGAAACGGAGACAGGAAAAGCCGGAGACGCUGCUGAUGUGAAUAAGGAAAUUUCGUUCGUGACAUCGGAUGUAGAGGAGAAUCUGCUAAAUGAAGGCCAAGCCCUCGGUAAUGAAACGGUAAUUAGGCUGAUUCUACAAAAACUUGGGCUAGAAGAGAAUCUGCAGCGGGCAGACGCCAUCGAUAAAUACCGAGCCGAAAUGGAAAUCUACCAAGCGGAAUACGGUCAGAAAACUGCAGAUGAAGAAGACGAAGAGCAGGAGGAGGAAGAGGAGGACAUGGAGGAAACGGGUGAAGUCUCUGACCGAAAGCAUGGAGAGAAGAAAGUUAAAGAGGAAAAGCCGCCUCCGCCGACAGCUCCUCCGGAGCUGCUGAAGGUAACAACUGGCUUCGUUCUCGUGCAUCAGCCCCCCACUCAGGCGUUCCUGCAGCAAUUGGCCAGGCUGGGCAUUGAGUUUAACCACAUUGUUCACUUCACCAGCAAUCCAGAGGACUUAAAGGCGGCAGAAGACGCAGGAGCGACCCAGUACGCAUGCACAGAUUCAGAGGUUAUCUUUGAAGACGAGAUGGAGGAGCCGGAGAUUGACGCUAAUGAAAUGGAACGAGAGAAAGAAAUAGACGACGCUUUGGUCCUUGACACUGAAGUAGAGCCAAGCGACGUGGGGAACUACUGCCCGGUGGCUUUGCGUGACGAGAAAUGGCUUCUGCCGGGAAAGCCUCGGCUGAGUCUGCAGGUGCGGCAACGAGUGUACAUGCUUUUUGACGAGGAAAAAAAAUACAAGUUUGCUGCCGAUACCCGACGCUAUCUACCAUCCCUGGAUAAAUCCAACGAAGCACAAGAGACGGGCACGCUCGCGGUUCCACCUCCACGCAUAGCAUUUUUGGGUUCGCUGGGAUCGGAGGUGGAAAAGCGAGUUCGCCAGCUUAGCAGCGAAUACUCCAUAGCUUUCCUGGAUCUGCGAGCGGCAUUUUCGUCAGCUUUGAAGGAGCAGCUGUUGUUACAUUUGAGGCGAGAAAAGAGGGCAGCUCUGGAGGAGGCCCUAAAUGACCAGAUGAGCAACGAGUCCGAAAGCUCUCCAGGCAAAGGCGAGGACACGCUGUGGCAGUUGCUGUCACUGAGCAGCAACAAUGUGGCUGAAGUUCAAGCGGACGUAACUACAGAGAUGUGGCAAGGGCUGCAGGAGGACACGCAGCAAAAACUAUACCAAGAAGCCCUAAGGAGUGUUUUGCACCCCGAGAUGGGCCCUGCUUUCAUCCAGGCUGCCGUCUUCACAAAUCCUCUCGUCGAUGCAGCACCAACAACAGAAGAGGAGGCAGAGGGAGAGGGGCAGGCAGGGAUCAACAUAGGCAGUCUGAUGGAUAAGGCUGGACGCCUCCCUGACUGCGUCGUUAUAUUCUUAUGCACUGACGAGGUGGGGGUGUCUCGGUGCCUGGACCUGGAAAAAAUAGACAGACAAGCAGCAGAGGCCAAAAUGAGGGAGGCAUUAGAAAGAAAGCAGAAACGGAAAGCCAGACGGAAGGCUCCUUUAGACUCAUCGGCAGAAGGGGACAGCGAAUCAGGGGCUGGAGAUGAGGACGAAGAUGGUGCGGGGGACGGAGAUGAAGAGCCGUCAGCCUCUGAGAAAGCUCGCCAAGCGUUUCUCAAGUGCAAGCUUGCCCAAGACGUGGCGCUGCUGGACUGUGCUAAAUCGUUUGCAAUGGCUGGAGUGCCUGUUCUGACACUGUCCCUGUGCCUGCAGUCCUUCUGUCAGCGUCUCCUCCUCUCUCGGGCCGUGCGGCUCUCCAAGUACCUUCUCUGCUCUCCGAUGGAUGUGGACGCCAUGAGACUCAGAGACUUCGCGGAGUUUCCCGUCCUCUUCAGGGACCGAGUCUACUUCCCAGCUGAGACGGAAGAAGAGCGUAACAUCUUCUGUCAGACCCCCUCUAAAUUUCUUACGGGAACACCACCUCCUCCAAAGAGACACGUUCCCGCCUGCGUCGUCUUGGGACCGCUAAACAGCAACCGCACGCUGGCGAAGUCACAUCCCGAAAUGUUAUACAGGGGAGGGUGGGAAAGGGAUGAACAAAACUAUGAAUGGGCGGGUCCUGCAGAUCGCCAAGCAGAUAGCAGAGUGGUGCGGCGCCCUUGCCUAGCCGAGGCUCGGCCUGCCAAGGCCUACGUCCAGGCCCCUCUCACGCUGUCCUUCCCAUCCUGUUUCAGGGGCAAGGCGGCAGCGCCGUGCUGCACAUGUCGGCUUGUUGCUGCUCGUCUUCGGUCACCCGAGGCCAAACAGCGAGGUUUCCUUCUGGACGGAUGCGGCUUGGAAGGCGUUGGGGUAGGGCAGCUAAUGGAGCUGCUGCAUGCGGCCCCCCACGAACUCACAAAUCUCUCGCGCAUGCAUAGACUCAAGCACAACAACCCUUCCAGCUCCUGCUCGACGGAGGUGCCCACCAUCCCGAUGGAGGCUGAGGAGCCAGGGCCAGUAGCCCAACAGCCUAACGGCGAAGCUACGGCCCAACCUCUGCAGUCUCCGGACUCACCGAACCCGAACGACAGACAUGAUGGAGGCAGCGACGGAUCUGAGGGAUCUGUUGCAGCUUCUGGCGAUCCCCCAGAGGCGAAGCAGGCUAACCCUCCCCUGCAGCUAGAGCUCUCAGAUGUAGAGAAGCCUAGGCCUGUAGAUGCAGUGGAGGGGGCAGGUCCCCCAGAAUCUGUUGAGCGGGUUUCCAGCAUUCCACCUCUACAGCUUGGGGACCUGCGGCCCCAGUCCGCUGACGUUCGCGGGAAGUAUCCAUUGCCUGUUGACUCUGGAAGCGAAACGGCGUCACCUGGACCACUCUCCAGCUCCUCAGAUCCCUCCUAUGCGGCGCCCGCGUUGCCGAAAAGUGGAGACGUAAAAGCGGUAGAGGCAGAUGAAGACGAAGAUGAGACUGAAAACGUGACCACUGUUCUUCCGUUCCCUCGUGUGGAUAUUGUCUUUGUGUUCGACGCUGAGCCCGAUGACCUCUGGACCGACGGCGAGCGGCUCCUCCAAGAAGAGGGGGCCAACCUUUCGGAUCAAGGAACCACAAAGCAGCGACCCUGUUUCCCCUAUGGGGAUGACCGGGACGUCCUCGAGGUGUCCGAUUUGGCUGACGCCAGGAGAGCCUUUUUGGAGGAGGCCGUCCUGCAGCAAGUGGAGGAGUUUCGUUCAAUGGGCGUUCGAAUCGUGAACGUUCCCGCAGGCAAGUCGCAGUGGCUGCAAUUCGACUUGGUGCAGAAAGAGAUUGAGGCCAUGCUACGCCGGCGCCACUGCUAUGAACGGCUCAAGGCCCAAGCCCAUCCGGCGAGGUGCCCCAUAGAGAAAAGAACCGACGUCGCUGUGGAGGGUUUCCUCGCUUCUUACUGUCCUGUUUGCUGGACUGUAGACCUGCUGCUGUCUCAGCCCAAGCCCUACCUCCAGCAGCAACUGCCGGAGCAGCUGCCUUGCCGGCUCAGUUGGCAAGCUGCCGACGAGUGCGGUGCAGUGGCAUUGGCGGGCUACUGUCCCGUCACACUAGUUCGCAGCGGGGAGUUGGUGAAGGGAGACAUGCGUUUGCUGGUGCGCUACGGGGAGGAGUGUUUUUGUUUCGCCACUGAAGAAAAUCUGAGCCACUUUAUGAUAUAUCCUGCCGAUUACCGAGCUCGCGCCCAACUCCCUGCACGGUUCACAGGCACCCAACGGUUGGGUCUCCCCCCCAAAACUCUCGCCGGGAUCGCACAAGCCGCUCGCGAACGCUGCAUGAAGCAGGACCAAGCCACACGCCCCUCUACAAGCCCUCUCAUGGCAGAAGAAGGCCUUGCUGAACUCCGAGAUACACUGAAAGAUGCACUCACUUACAUCGAGGUAUCUACGUUGGAUGUACUUAUGGAGGCUCUUUUGUUUGUGGGGACCAACCGCCCGCUGCAUCCACAGUGCAACCAACACUCGAGCGCUGUGCGGCUAGUUGCGCACUAUCUGCGAGCUAAAAACCCCCUCAUAUCCGGGCAUGCAAAAGCUGAAGCAGAGGCAGCGCUCCAAAGCUUCGUUCAGGAUUGCGAAACCCCGUUCGAAGCGCGCCAGGCAAUCUUGCAGUUGCAUGGUCAGAAGGCAAAGGAAGGCGUGAACUACCUGCCAGCAGAGCAGGCCAAGGUUCACGAGGCUAAGGCCACGCCACAGACGCUUCAACAGGAGUGGAGCCACUACACUGAGCUGCAGUACGAGCGGGUAACUAAGAGGCUGGACAAGCUGCUAGCUCUCGAUUAA